UUGAGCUGUUAGUCUUUUAAAAUUUAGUAGUAAAAGUUGGCAUUUGAAAUUGGAGAGUAGGAGGUGUUAUCUGAGUUACCGAUACGGCGGCGAUGGCGCCGAAGUUGUUAUCCUCUAAACGACGGAAAGAAGUAGAAAACCACAGCGUAGGUAUCGACCGGAUGAGUAGUUUACCGGACUCUCUACUGUGCCACAUCCUAUCAUUCCUUCCUACCAAAACAUCCGUCGCUACCAUGACUCUUGUGUCUCGCAGGUGGCGUCACCUAUGGCAGCAUCUGCAAGCUUUCGACCUUGAUGAGGACUCGUUUCGUACAGUCCAAAAGUCCAAAAGGUUCAAAAAAUUUGCACUUUUUGUGAAUGCUGUGCUCGCCUUCCGCAAAUCCCGCGACAUUCGAAACUUUCAACUCACAUGCGACAUUCAAGAGUCGAACCAUCGUCGUUACUGCGCCGAGAUGUGGAUCUGUGCUGCCAUUAACCCCAACCUUGAACAACUGUCUCUCUCCAUUGCCACCGCCAACUUCUGUUGGCGUUUGAACCUCCCUCGUUCGCUUUUGAAUUGCACCAAUCUUGUUUCCCUCAGUCUUGUUGGUGAAAUCAGUAUGAAUGUUCAACAUUUUGAGCUUCAUUUUCCAUCACUUAAGUGGCUCAAACUCGAUGCAAUUAUUUUCGAUUCCGAAAUUGACUUGCUCUCUGCCUGCCCCAUCCUUGAAACUCUGCACCAUGUUUACUUUGUACCCGAAUAUUGGACCAUACAUCCUGCGCCACCUUCUUCACAGAGGUUGAAAUUUGCCGGUGGAAAUUUCUCUUGGACUUUCCUUCAAGUAGAUUGUGGCUUUGGUAUAACAACAUUGGGCAUCAUUGGCAACUUGCAGAGUAUGGUGGAAGCGUGCAUUCACUUCUUUCCCUCACAAAUAAGUGAAUUUGUCGACCCUAUUCUCGACCACCUCCAAAACGAUAAUGUGUCACAGAUACAGUUGCGGCAUUCAACAACAAAGUGCUCACUUCGACCUCAGGUUCUAAACUAUCCUGAAUUUCGCAAUUUACUUCAUCUAAAGUUCAUUCUUCCCUGUUUCAACACAAAUCUUCUAGUGAACGUGCUUGACAAGUGUCAUAUGAUUCAAGUUCUCAUAAUCCAGAGCAACAAGGAGGAACAACCACCUUUAAGAACAUGGGACCCAAAGUCAACAACAGUUCCUAAGUGUCUCAAAUCCCACCUGAGUUAUAUUCACAUAGAAGGAUAUCAAGGAUUUGAAGAUGAGUUGACAUUUGCUGAAUAUAUUUUGAGGAACGGACUUGUUUUGAAGACAAUGCUUAUUUUUGUUGAUACUACAAUACAACUAACAAAUAAGUAUUGUUCUGUCAAAAGAUUAACUGACAUACCAAGGGGAUCCACCAUGUGCCAACUUAAAUUUGACCCAACUACUGUAUCUUCUUAAGUGUGAAUUUGGAGUUCCAUGAUUUCGGAUGCUGGCAAUAUCAUGUUGGAUCAAAUGCUUGGGGCUUUAUUAAAAAGAUGUCAUUGAUAUCAACACAUAUAAAUAUGUAUUUUUCAUUUCAGUUUGUAAGGUUUGAGAGUAUGUCAGAGGUCAUACAAUUUUGUUGAAAAUCAUCUGAAAAUUUCACUCAUCACCUUUAAAGUGGCUCUUCAUGUAGCUUAUUUAUUUGUGUUUGAA